GGGAAAAUGGCGGGAAAGGAGGACAGUACCCAAAAUACGGCACCGAAUUCGGAAUCGGCGAAAAUGGAGGACGAAAAGUCGGAGGUAUCAUGGAGGAAAGAAAUUGACACGAAUCUCAAGAGGCUCCACUCAAUGCUAUUUGGAGCAGAAGUAGCUCUCGAAAAGAAGGAUUUCAGUUCCGCAACAGUACUUGGAUUAGGACUCAUCGGCUUCCUCGAUUCGCAUUCUCAUUCCGACGUCGACGAUGCCUUCAUUCGUCCAAUUCGAUGUGAAGCUUUGUCUAAGUUUGAUUCUGCUCGACGCUCUCUCAUUACUGAAUCCGAUCGCCACGCCUUUGAACAAGCAGGCAGAGAUCCAGGCUGCAUAUUUACCAAAGGAAAAGAUAUUGAUAUCGAGAAGAUUAAGCAGUCUAAGUACUUUCUUUCUCUUUUUCAGCAACAUGAAGGCAAAACUAUUGGCGAACAGGGGAAUCAAUCAAAAAGGCGUGAGAAUGUGAGUAGCAGGACCUGGAAAACGCCUGCACAAACGAGUCCGAGAGAUUUCUCCAUGAUGAAGAAUAGAAGCUUUGGAAAUGAUAGUAGCCCAGAGGUUCUCCCUGUUGAACGGUUUCACCCAAAGCAUCAAGCCAUGGACAUUAAAGAUGAAGAGGAAGAAAGAACCUGUAACAAUGGUUCCAAAACAAGACGGUUGCACAGGGAAAGCAGUGGCUCUAGAGAUGAGCACAUUUCAUCCCCCUUGUGUGCUGAAGAAACUGAUGUUGAUGCUUCUGCGAGUGGAUUUGUUACUGCUAAAACAAAGCUGGAAAUGGACACAAGACAGAGGCGAGGGUUGAGUAGAUCACCAAGUGCUUCAAUUUCCCCACAAAGUGAUAACACCUUGAUGAACAAAGGCUGUGCAGUCAGGUCCUAUGGUUUUCCACGACGUGGUGUACGGGGCAAUUUCGUUCCUCCUAUCAGAGGUAGUAGUGGCAAUAAUGUAGGCAAUGUCAGUUCACGCAAUGCUGGGAAAGGAGAAGAUACAUUAGAUGACUCCACAAGGAAAUGUUUGGAAAUGUUAGUUGGUCCUGAUGGUGAGCUACCUGAGAAAUUGAGGAAUAUAGAGCCUCGGCUUAUUGAGCAUAUCAGCAAUGAGAUUAUGUACCGGGAUCCCAAUGUGCGGUGGAAUGACAUUGCUGGCCUGGAACAUGCUAAAAAAUGUGUGACUGAGAUGGUCAUCUGGCCAUUAUUACGUCCAGACAUAUUCAGAGGCUGCCGAUCUCCAGGGCGAGGUCUUCUUCUGUUUGGUCCACCGGGAACUGGCAAAACAAUGAUAGGGAAAGCUAUUGCUGGUGAGGCAAAAGCGACCUUCUUUUACAUAUCUGCGAGCUCUUUGACAAGCAAGUGGAUCGGAGAGGGGGAGAAGUUGGUGAGGGCACUUUUUGGAGUUGCCAGUUGUCGUCAGCCAGCUGUUAUUUUUGUUGAUGAAAUAGAUUCUCUGCUGUCUCAGCGCAAGUCAGAAGGUGAACACGAAUCUAGUAGGCGCCUGAAGACACAAUUUCUGAUUGAGAUGGAAGGCUUUGACACUGGGAGCGAACAAAUUCUUCUUAUAGGUGCAACAAACAGGCCCCAAGAACUUGAUGAGGCUGCAAGGAGACGACUUACUAAGAGACUUUAUGUUCCACUUCCUUCCUCAGAGGCAAGAGCUUGGAUCGUCAAGAGUCUAUUGGAGAAGGAUGGGUUAUUUAAGCUUUCAGAUGAUGAUAUUGUCUCCAUUUGCAGAUUAACUGAAGGGUAUUCUGGGUCUGAUAUGAAGAACUUAGUGAAGGAUGCUUCCAUGGGUCCAUUAAGGGAAGCUCUUAGGCAGGGUAUUGAAAUUACAAAGCUAAAGAAGGAUGACAUGAGGCCCGUAAAUCUUCAGGACUUUGAGGAUGCGUUACAAGAGGUAAGGCCUUCUGUGUCUUCGACUGAACUUGGUGCAUAUGAGGACUGGAACAAACAAUUUGGAAGCUUAGCAAUUUAGUAGCCAGAGGAAUAAUUACAAAUAUUUGUAGUUGCAUGCCUUUUACAUUUUCCGCGAGAGCAAUUGGAUGAUCCGUGGAAUUCUCUUUUUCGUUCUGCCAUGUAAAUUCCUCUGUUACCUAAAUGACCCAUCCAAAACAAGAAUCUUCCAAUACACUAGACGAUUUAGGAGGUCUGUUGCAGCACUAAUCGAUGUCACCUGUUCAGAACACUGGUCUUGAAAUGGGUCUCUGGAGUUACAUUUUUC